GCCGGGUUUACAGUCCCAAGGGGAGCCGGGGACAAAACCUAAGCGGUACGAGCGCGCGGUGACAGUCCAGUGGCGGCGGCAACCUGGCGGCGGACGCAGAAGUUAGACCGCUCCUUAGUCAAGGAGCGCCGCGCAAUACCCCUUGCAGAACUCAGAACUCUCGCGAUAGGCGAGACUGGGAUUCCCGGAAGUGAUUCUCCGGAAGCAGUAUGGUUGCUUCCCUGUCCUGCCGAGGCUCAGCCCGCUGAACCGCUGACAAGAUGCAGUCAGAUGAUGUUAUCUGGGAUACACUAGGAAACAAGCAAUUUUGUUCCUUCAAAAUAAGAACCAAGACUCAGAGUUUUUGCAGAAAUGAAUACAGCCUGACUGGACUGUGUAAUCGGUCGUCCUGUCCCCUGGCAAACAGUCAGUAUGCCACUAUCAAAGAAGAGAAAGGACAGUGCUACUUGUAUAUGAAGGUUAUAGAACGAGCAGCUUUCCCUAGGCGUCUCUGGGAACGGGUCCGGCUUCAUAAAAACUAUGAGAAAGCACUGGAGCAAAUAGAUGAAAAUCUAAUUUACUGGCCCCGUUUCAUUCGACACAAAUGUAAGCAGAGAUUCACCAAGAUCACCCAGUACCUAAUUCGAAUUAGAAAACUUACACUAAAGCGGCAGAGGAAACUUGUUCCUUUGAGUAAGAAGGUGGAACGGAGGGAAAAAAGAAGAGAGGAAAAGGCAUUAAUAGCUGCUCAGCUGGACAACGCCAUCGAAAAGGAAUUGCUAGAGAGACUGAAACAAGAUACGUAUGGCGACAUCUACAACUUCCCCAUCCAUGCCUUCGACAAGGCCCUGGAACAGCAGGAGGCAGACAGUGGCUCUUCAGAUGCUGAGGAAAAAGAUGAUGAAGAAGAUAAAGAUGUGGGAAAAAGAGAGUUUGUGGAAGAUGAUGAAGUUGAUGAGAGUGACAUAAGUGAUUUUGAGGACAUGGAUAAACUGGACGCCAGCGGUGAUGAAGAUGAGGAUGAUAAAUCCUCCAGUGAGGAAGAAGAAAAGGCCGUUGACACUAAACACAAAGGCAAAGCACCCUUGAAAGGACCUUUGAGGAGGAAAAAAGCAUACGUAGAGAUAGAGUACGAGCUGGAGACAGAGCCCGAGGCCAAGGCCAAAACCACGUGAUUUCCCUUCAGACGUUUAUAAACAGGACUGGACAUUUUGAACUUCUUCCCUUUUUUUUUUAUCUUAAACACAUACACACUUCUGGGUUUUGCUCUUUAUCUUGUUUUUAACACAAUAUUUGUGUUUUUAAUAUUUAUGCUACUUCUGUGGGGCAAAAAAUAUGGGAGGGAGUGGAGAAAAGCCUAAAUUGUGAACAGAGUAUUUUUAUAGCAUUGUUACGUGUGCUGGAGUAACAGCUUGAGCCCAAGAAACGUAACCGAUGAGUUUGUGGGUGUAAAUAUUUCUAAAUUUUAAAUGCUACCCACCCGUUUCCUUGGUAUCCUCCCCCUGCAUUCCUCCCCCUCCCCCCUUUAUUUAGAAAUGUCCAGACUUCAAUUUUUUCAUGUUUUCUUUUCCCUACUUCUAUGGGAGUAAAAAGGAAAGAAGGAAAAAGAAGAUCUAAGUUAUAAUGUUUAAUAUAAAUAUACCUUUUUCCUGAAAUGAUUCCAUUUGAAACAAUUGGAACAGAAAGAAAAUCCUUUCCUCUUCAGGAAAGUAAUACAAGUCUUAAGUUGCAUUGUAGGGAGCUCCUUCAGAAACCUGCUGCACUCUUCGGAUACAGUUCCCCACCUUACUGUCUUCACAGCUUUGGGGAAUUUUAGCCAGGAGACCCUGAAACAUAAAACCAAACAGUGUGUUUUUUGUUUGUUUGUUUGUUUGAUACGUGUUUUCCUUUUACCUUGGUGGUUCUUUCUUGGUACCAUACUCAAAGAAGGAAGGAUGGAUGACACUAGGGCACAGUUCACAGAACAGGUGUAACUUUAGAAAUGGAAAUGUCCUACUGGAGCACGGAGAAGUAGCUUACUACCAGUCAGGGUGAAUCAGAUUAAAUCUAGGGCUUGAAAAGUGCCCAAGAUUAAAAAGCCAAGAUGAAAUAAUUUGAAUAAACCAUGCUACCCCUAAAUAUUUUUAGGAUAUGAAUUUCUUUUCAUGCUGCCUUAUAACUUUCAAUUGAUUUCUAAAUGGGGUAAGAAAUGAGACAGUAAUUUAUAAAUUAUGUAUACGUGGACACACAGCUAUUGUAUGCUAUGGCUUUGAGAAGUUAACUUCUGUGGAAUAUGAGACCAAAGGAAGAAUUCCCACGUGGAUAAGUAAGCAUGUAGAAAACACAGUUGCCUCUGAAAAACUGGAAACAUUUCUGGUAACUGAAUUGCUUACUCUACCUAAAUUAUUACUCCUUGGUGGUUUAUAGCCCAUUAUUUCAACCUGUUUUUUUUUUUUU